UGCCCUAUUAACCUUUUUUUCUUGGUGGGUUUCGGUAUUUAUUUUGGCCUAUGAAUGUUUGCAUCUUAGGUAUAAAUGGCACCUGGUUCAAAAUUGGGAUGGCUUGUUCCAAAGUUGAUAAAAGAGAUGUUAAUUGGAGGUAAUGGCUGCCACAUGGAGUGGAAACAAAGCAUUGGGUUCUCUAGUUGGGGCGUGACAACGAGGCUUCAGGGCAUGCGGGGAAUGGAUGAAAAGUGACAAAUUGCUUGGAAUUGGCGGUGGGAAAUGGAGGACCAGUGGCUGUUAGCCCAUAACUAUUUAUAGAAAAGCAGAGGAAUGCAGCAGAAGAGCCAAGCCAUUUGCAUGCAGAUGGAGAGAGAAAAUGCCGAAAAAUAUUAACGCAGCCACUCAGACCAAGUGGGGGACUGGUUUUAGCCUUUAAGUCAUCCAAUCCUUCCACAUUGGCCAUUGGAGAUCACGAAGCUGAUCGUCCCAAGCGCAGCUACUCUGACAAUCUGACUUCCCUUAUUCACUUCUCACUCUCUCUCCAAAAUUAAUUUGGCAUAUUCAUGUUGGUCUUUUCAAAUUUGAGAAGCACUGCACCUCUCCUUAUUGAAUGCUCCAUGUUGGAGAGCGUAACACCAGCACACUUGUUCCAUGGAGAAGAACUGCACCAAUUGGGGACGUGCUUAAUCCACAAAUAAAUCACAUUGAUUAAGCUCUUUAUGACACGAAACUUCAACAUGUAUCAAAGAAACACAAAGUUAAACUCAUGUAAGCGAAACCCAUUUGCCCACGAAACUGAUCAUUGUCAGACAAAGAAAGAGAGAGAGAGAGAGAGAGAUUCCAUUUUCCAAUCUAGGCAUUUCUCUCCUCCAAUAACUCUCUUUCCCCUUAGGAUGCAAAGUAUCCCCACUUCUCUCUCUCUCUGUUAUCUCCUCUGUUCCCAAGCCCAUACAGCACCUUGCGUCAACUGUCAAGCACUCUAUAUAAUAAUUGCACGUAGAAGCUCUUCCCAAUUUUCAGUUCUUGUGAACAUUGCUUCUGAACUCUCUUUUCUACUCUUCUUUUAUCAGAUCAAACGCCAAAGAUCAAACUCAGCUUAUUGUGGCAUGGAAAUUGAACUAAAGGUGUCUCAAAACAACGUAGAAGAAGACGGCAACAGAGCAAGAGUGUUUCCUUGUUUAUUCUGUUCAAGAAAGUUUUACAGUUCUCAAGCCUUAGGAGGCCACCAGAAUGCUCACAAGAAGGAAAGAAACGCAGCAAGAAAGGCAAAAAAAGCAUCUGAAUAUGAUCCACCAGCACCACCACCGUCACUGCCAAUGGUUUUUGCUCCAAGUCAUCAUCAUUUAGGCCUGUUACAUCCUUCAAUGUACAUAACUGCCCAUGCAGCCACCCUGCAGUGUUAUCCUACCCACCAGUUGUCUGAUAGUUUUGGAUCCAAUGGUGCACCCAGGUUCGACAAUGGACCGUUUUAUGGUGGGAAUAAUUGUUCAAGCCAUAGCAGCAGGCAUCAUCAAUGUGAAGAAGAAGAUCAAAGUUUCUUGAAUUGGCAAAGAAGCACAAGAUUCAAUAGCUUCAAUGGAGGUGCUGGGUCCAGCCAACACCCAGCAUUAAUGGUGAAUAACGCUCGUCACAACGUGGGUAGCAGUGGUAAUAAAGAUCAAAAUCUUGAUUUGUCUCUUCAUUUAUGAAGAAGAAUGGUGGUAAGAAAAUGCCCAUUUUUGUUUUCAACUUAGGAUUCAGGUUGCUUCUUCUUCUUCUUCUUCUUAUUUUCUCUCUCUUUUUGCAUGCCCUCGUAAUAAAAUCUUAUUAGUUAUUAAAUUUUGACAAAUGGCCAGAAGAAAAUGCCAUUCUUGGUUGGCUAAUUAUCUCUUUAGAUGUAAGGAUGUUGUUCCUUUGUGAAUGAAAACUUCAGUCCAUUCUCUUAUUAUAAUUUAUGUUCUAUACAAUUCUCCCCGAA